AAAAGCAAAUCUGGCUCCUGCAGGAAGCUGAACAAAAUGUAUGAGAUACAUGCUUUGAAUUGAAAAUGUACUGACAAUGUAUUAUCUACACAUGCCCAUUUUUAAAAGGAAAUUACAGAAUUAGCAGGAAAUAAGGAUUAUUCAUAUUAGGCCUGACCCCAACACCAGUAAUCAGGUUGACUACUAAAUAGCUCCACAAAUACUUUUCUUGUACUCAAGUGGAAGUACUUAGGUAAGCAAAUACUGCAGGGCCUGGCAAAAGUGGGAGAAUUUGGUCUUCUCUGAUUCAAAGGUUUAUUAUUAACAAAACCCUUGUUGCUCAAACCCCACAAAAUGGUUUCAAGUGAGCAGUCACACCACUAGUCGGAGAAAGGCACACAAGUGAUAAAGGAGAAUGAAACAGCUCAUGACGUGUUGAUACACAGCUGAUAAGCAAAACAAAAAACCAACUUCAAAAAAUAAACCAGCUCAGUUUCAGUCCCAGCCAGAAACAAGCAUCUGUUCUCUUUUCUCUCCCAGCAUCAAGAAGAUGUGUGCAACAAUGCUGAAGAUAUUUCCAAUUCUAGCCAUCCUUGCAGGCCACACCAGCGGGGUCGUGGUGACGGUCCCUGAGAAGACAGUGAAUGUCACAACAGGUGGAAAUGCAACUCUGCUCUGCACCUACACCAGUCCUGAACCCCUGGGAAAUUUCUUUAUUCAGUGGAGUUUUUACAGUGCCAAAGAGAGCCAGCUGCAUACCAUCUAUUAUUAUUCAGGAGGCCAGUCUUACUCCUAUGGAGCAUUUAAGAACAGGAUAACAGCCUCAACAAGUCCAGGGAAUGCAUCAAUAACAAUCUCCAACAUGCAGCCCUCAGACACUGGCUCCUACACCUGUGAAGUUUUCAGCCCUCAGGGUGAUGCUGGACAGAGUCAAAAAUCUGUGAUUGUCAAUGUGCUGGUCAAACCAUCAAAACCUUUCUGCAAAGUAGAAGGAACCCCUGAAAAAGGCCAUCUGAUCUACCUCCUAUGCAACUGUGAAGAGGGACUGCCUCGCCCCACCUACCGCUGGUACAAAGUCGAUGAGAACACCCUCAAGCCUGUGACAGAACAACUUGAUCCAAACUCUGGCAUCCUUUACAUUGGCAACCUCACCACCUUUGAAACUGGCUACUACAGGUGCAUAGCCAGCAACCUCCUGGGGAACAGCACCUGUGAGCUUGACCUAACAGCAAAACAUUCAGAUGGUGGUGUUGUUGCUGGAGCACUGAUUGGAGCAAUUCUGGCAGCUGCUAUAAUCUGCAUUAUUGUCUGGGUCUUAACCAAGAAGGCAAAAAAUAGGAAGUCACCAAAUAAUGAGAUGCAAGAAAUGGUUCAGAAACAAUCCAAUGCAGACUAUGUUCAGGUACCCAAUGAAGAAAACAUUCCUGUGACCACAGUUCCACCAAGCAAUGCAACAAAUGAAUACCCAAGUGUUGAUGAACCAGCAGCUCCUGCAACCCCUGAAAAUGACGAGAAGCAAGAAGCAGAAAAAGAAGAAACAGCCUAGAGUUUAUAAUAGAGUUUUCUUUGUCACCUUUGGACCCCUUUGUACAAAAUUGUUGUCAUUGAAUUAACAUAGAAGCAUGACUAAAACUUGUAUUCAAGGUAUUUGUAUUGUGACCCACUGGGGUGGAUCAAAAAGGGUCUGUCACACAGGCACUUUGUGAAUAGAAGAUUUGGCCUUUAAAGUGAACCAAAUUUCUUUUAUUAUAUUGUUAUACUGUGCAAAAAAUUUAAAUAUAAAAAUAGUAUUAUGUACAUCAACCUAUUUUGCAAAACUAAUUAGGAAAUGGGCUGAAGUAUUUAUUGAAGAGCUUUCCAGUCAACUACCAGUAAUGCUGUGUCCACACAGCUCAGAAGCACAGCAGCCUUGUCCAGAAACAGUGUUAGCCAGCCUGCUUCGUGUGCACCAAGAACAGUAAUCAUGGCCAGUACACUGCAGUGUUUCAAGGAACUGAUUUUGCACAUUAGAAGUAAAAAGAAGUUACAUUAAUGUCAUCAGAAUGCUGAAACUUCUGUUAACAUCUUAACAGAUGUUAAGACCUGCGUCAAGGAAAUCUUGCGUGUCUGAGUUCCACCUAAGCUUAAAAAAAAA